AUGGAAUUUGAAUUAAGACAUCAACUGGCCGAGAGUGUAGAUGCUGGUGACCGGUUGGAAUUUGUAUGAUAAGUCAGCUUGUCAUUUUUUAUGGCAUUCUAUUCAGUCUUGCGUGCUUGUUCUGACGCGACAAGGACGUUCUUAUAGCGACUUUCAUGUGUUUGUGUUUGAUUUACAUUUUGUUUGCCAGAGUGUUAUGCCUUCACUGGAUUGACGCCUGUGAGAAUGCAUCCGUUUUGUUGUUGUCUGGCAUAUGUUGAGAACUUGAGUAUUGAGACAUAAAGGUUGCAGUUUGCACGGCUUCAUAAUAUUUUGAAAACUUGGAUGUUACCAGUUACAUUGUUGAAUGUUGCAUAAAUUCUUGUGCCGUGAUUUAAUCGCCUGGACAUCGCAUUUAUAAAACGCGUGAAACUCAUGCGCUUUUGUGCUGAAAAAAUCCAUAAUUAUCCCAGCAUCAAUGAAAAAUCACUCAUCCUUGAUGCGGCGCGCUGUUUCCUGAAAGCGCGUCAUGUACUACAAUUCUCUUGGACGGACGAGAAUGCCGGCUUUACGCAAUCCCGAACCCGGCGUUAAUUUCAAUGCAGCCUACGUGCUCAGCCAGCACCAUUCCACAUGGAUACGGACCAUUCUCACCCUGGAAGAUGAUGCCCUGAUUUUGAACUUCGAGGAUACACUGAACGAUGACGAUGCCGGUUAUCCCUAUGGAAGCAGUUACGGUUAUGGAUCAGAUCGGAAUUACAACCAUAUCGCAGCGUCUACAACAAACACCAACAGUCACAGUCGAUUUAAUUUCGCCAACCACGACAUGUCCUCCUUUCCCUACUCGAGUUCCAGUAAUGUUGCACCACCGCCGCCGCCGCUCACCAGUGAGAAACGGACAGUAAAGAUAGUUAAGGAUGCCGAUAGUGGAUUGGGAAUCAGUAUUAAGGGAGGCAAGGAGAACCGGAUGCCCAUCGUCAUCAGUAAAAUCUUCUCCGAUAUGGCCGCUGAGAAAACGCAUGAGUUGCAUGUGGGCGAUGCAAUAUUAUCAUGCAAUGGCCAUGAUUUGAGUGCUGCCUCGCAUGAUGAUGCGGUUACGGCGCUCAAGCAAGCCGGCAAUAUUGUGAUUUUAGAAGUGCAAUUCUGGCGGGAAGCCACAAAAAGGAUCGCUUUGAAUGAUAUUGGAUGGGAGCUGUCGCACGGUUUCUUAAAGAGCCCACUGCGACUAGCAUUUUCCUCUCUCCUGAAUUUUGAGGAAGCUAUUUCCUCUCCAGCCCGCAACCUGCGUUCCGAUAGUAAAGUCAUUCCUUUAUUACUUUGUUACCUAUCACGCCUGGUGGAGCAAUCACUAGAGGCUGAUGCCACAAUAUUAUUGCUUCAAUCGCCCAAUUUGCGACAUUCCUGCCAACUGAAAUUUGCCGAUCCCACCAAUGGGACUUCAUGGUUCAACAUGAUCCAUUCCAAUAUUGCUGCACUCAAUAGUAAGCUCCUGGUGCAGUGCAAUCGGGUGCUGCCCAAAGUACUGGGCGGCAGUCAUCUGGCGCAAUUGGGCUGGAUGGCCGAGAGGGUGUACAUGGAUGGUUUGGUGCAGCUUAAACCGGUAUUUGCGGCCUUAACGGAACGGCAGAUUAUGGUAUUUGAUGCGGUGCCCUGGACCAAAGAGGAAUGGGCAACACCCAGUUUUACAUGCGAUUUACUGACGACAAGAGUUUUAUAUUCAUCAUCAGCAUCGCGGCAGAAUACCCUGUCCAAAAUACAAAAAAAUAUCGAUCUGUCGGAGCCCCCGAUAACCUUCCUGAUUCGCGUUGGCACGCGUAAUGGUAUCGACUGUCAUGUCUUCAAGCUGGAAACGUGUCGGGACUUGUCGAGUUGGGUGAAAGCCAUUAUUCAGGGCACAUUCCGUGCCGUGGAGGUCAUACAGGAAAUGUCAUGGGCUUGUGCCUGGCAGAACCAUGAUUCCAAGCUCAUCGUUCACUGGGAGAACGGCUUCACACUGAUGUCGGCCAAUCCAUCCAGACGGGAGAUAUUUUGGCAGCAGCCCUUUGAGAAACUUAAGGCGACAGCUGAUGAUGGGAAACGGACUUUAUUUUUAGAGUUUAUCGAUUCCGCUGACGCCUGUGUAAGUACAUCAUGCACAAGGGCCACUAAUUAUGGCUUAUCUUUCUUUUAUUUAGAUGAACGUGAAAAAAACCUACUUCCGAAUCUGUACUUCAUUUAUUUAAAUUAG